UGUACUGCACGGAUGUCUCUCUCCCUCAGUCUCGUUAGCUUUGUGUUGUGAUCUCGGUUGCACUGAAUGUACUGCACGGAUGUCUCUCUCUCUCUCGUUAGCUUUGUGUUGUGAUCUCGACUGCACUGAAUGUACUACGGGUCUCUCUCCCUCAGUCUCGUUAGCUUUGUGUUGUGAUCUCGACUGCACUGAAUGUACUACGGGUCUCUCUCCCUCAGUCUCGUUAGCUUUGUGUUGUGAUCUCGACUGCACUGAAUGUACUACGGGUCUCUCUCCCUCAGUCUCGUUAGCGUUGUGUUGUGAUCUCGGCUGCUCUGAAUGUACUGCACGGGGCUUCCAUGUUUGCCACCAAGCCCGGUCAUCUUGUGUGUGUUUUUUUUAAGGGGCGUGUUCUAACUAUCUUGAUUGAAAGCAAAGGCUUCUUUCCCUAGCCAUUGCUGAAAAGAAAAAAAAACUCCAUUACCAGCACAGGGUCGCAAUCUUCUCGGGUUUCUCUUAAAAACCUUCAGAUUACAGACUUUUCGGCGCUUAUGUUUCUCUAGGAAAACGUUUAGUCGAGACCAUUAUGGAGGUCUGAAGCCGGAAAAGAUACGAUUUUGCCUCCAAAACAGUCGUUUUUCCGGCCGCAGCAGAGCGACGACUGGUCCUUCUUUUUUAAGGUGCCCUCUCUUGCUGCAUUCAUUUUGCGUUUUGAGAUCAAGGUAAACGUCAGCUGGCGGCUGGGAGAUGAGGAAGCCUCGGAGGAAGUCGAGACAGGCUGCCGAGGGCCCACGCUCCCCGUCCCCCUACCGCCUGAAGUGCUCGCCCACCCGGGAGACGCUCACCUAUGCCCAGGCGCAGAAGAUGGUGGAGGUGGACAUCGACGGGCGGCUGCACCGCAUCAGCAUCUUGGACCCGCUCAAGGUCAUCACGGAGGAUGAAAUGAUGGCGCAGGACAUCAGCGAGUGCAACAGCAACAAGGAGAACAGUGAGCAGCCGCUCAGCCCUGGCAAGCCUGGCAAGAAGCCGCCGACCACCAAGGGCAAGAAGAAGGAGCCGGCCAAGAAUUCCUCUUUGGGUGCGGGGGGUGGAGGAGGAGGGGGGUCCCAUCACCACCACCACCACCAUGCCCUGCCCAAGCCCACCUUCAAGAUCCUGGAGUCCUUCACCCCGACGGACGCCCCGCCCAUGCCGGCUGCAUAUUACCGCUACAUGGAGAAGUCCGUGGACGAGCUUGAUGCUGAGGCGGAGUACGACAUGGAUGAGGAGGACUUCGCCUGGCUGGAGAUGAUUAAUGACAAGCGCAGGUCUGACGGGCAUGCCUCGGUCUCCCCGGACACUUUCGAGGUGCUCCUGGACCGGCUCGAGAAGGAGUCCUUCUUGGAGAGCCGGAGCCAGGGCCCCUCUCAGACAGUCAUCGACGAGGACGCCUUCUGCUGCGUCUGCUUGGACGAUGAGUGCCACAACAGCAACGUCAUCCUCUUCUGUGACAUCUGCAACCUGGCUGUCCACCAGGAAUGCUACGGCGUGCCCUACAUCCCAGAGGGCCAGUGGCUGUGCCGCUGCUGCCUGCAGUCGCCUGCCCGGCCUGUAGACUGCGUCCUUUGCCCGAACAAAGGCGGAGCCUUUAAACAGACAAGCGACGGUCGCUGGGCGCACGUGGUAUGCGCCAUUUGGAUCCCCGAGGUCUGCUUUGCCAACACGGUGUUCCUGGAGCCUGUGGAAGGGGUGGAGAACAUUCCCCCUGCCCGCUGGAAGCUGACCUGCUACAUCUGCAAGCAGAAGGGGGUGGGCGCCUCCAUCCAGUGCCACAAGGCCAACUGCUACACCGCCUUCCACGUGACCUGCGCCCAGCGGGCUGGCCUCUUUAUGAAGAUCGACCCUGUGCGGGAGACCAGCGUCCACGGGACCACGUUCUCCGUCAAGAAGACAGCCUUCUGCAAGGCCCACUCCCCGCCGAGCACCAGCAGGAAGAAAGGAGCCGCGUCCAACAGCGAGGGGGAAGAGGAGGAGGAGGAGGAGGAGGAGGAGGACGAGGUAAGGACCCGUGCGCACCACAAGCGCACCCUCAAGAAGGCGUCCAAGCUGAAGCGCAAAAUAAAGAAGUCGAUGGAGGUGGCAGCCAGGCGCUCCUCAAUGCCUAUGGUGAUGGUGCCACAAAUCCCUUCGCACAGGUUAAAUAAAAUCUGCACUGGCGUUUCUGUUCAGAGGAAGAACCAGUUCAUGCAGAGGCUGCACAAUUACUGGCUGCUGAAGAGGCAGUCCAGGAACGGCGUUCCCCUGAUUCGCAGGCUGCACUCGCACUUACAGUCGCAGAGAAACACGGAACAGGUGGAACCGGACGAGAAGACGAGUGCGGUGAAGGAGGAGCUCAAGUACUGGCAGAAGCUGCGGCACGACCUGGAGCGGGCGAGGCUGCUGGUGGAGCUGAUCCGCAAGAGGGAGAAGCUGAAGAGAGAGCAGGUUAAAGUCAGUCAAGCAGCAAUGGAACUCCAGCUCACUCCCUUCAUUGUACUCCUGCGCACAACCCUGGACCAGUUGCAGGAAAAGGAUUCAGCACAGAUCUUUGCACAACCAGUUGACCUGAAAGAGGUCCCAGAUUACCUGGAGUUCAUCUCCCACCCCAUGGAUUUUGCCACCAUGCGGACAAAGCUGGAGUCUCAUGGGUACAGGACCUUGGGCGAGUUUGAAGUGGACUUCAACCUCAUCGUCAGCAACUGCUUGAAAUACAACGGAAAAGACACGAUAUUCCACCGGGCCGCAGUGCGCCUACAAGAGUUGGGCGGAGCUAUCCUGAGACACACCCACCGGCAGGCAGAGAACAUCGGCUUUGACCGGGAAACUGGCAUGCACCUCAGAGAGUCGCCCAAAACAGAGGACUUCUACCGCUUCUCCUGGGAGGACGUGGACAACAUCCUGGUCCCGGAAAACCGCGUCCACCUGUCCCUGGAGGACCAGCUGAAGGAGCUGCUGGACAAGCUGGACAUGGUGAGCUCCAUGCGCUCGAGCGGCGCCCGCACUCGCAGGAUACGCCUGCUACGCCGCGAGAUCAACAGCAUCCGGGGUAAGAGACUGCUGCACAACGGGGAGCGAGGCCAUCACCUGCGGGGGGAGGAGACCGACCGGGAGCACAGCCAACACCAGCUGGGGGAGGAGACCGACCGGGAGCACAGCCAACACCAGCUGGGGGAGGAGACCGACCGGGAGCACAGCCAACACCAGCUGGGGGAGGAGAGCGACCGGGAGCACAGCCAACACCCGCUGGGGGAGGAGACCGACCGAGAGCACAGCAAACACCCGCGGGGGGAGGAGACCGAUCGGGAGCACAGCAAACACCCGCGGGGGGAGGAGACCGACCGGGAGCACAGCAAACACCCGCGGGGGGAGGAGACCGACCGGGUCAAAUCCCGGGGUGAGGAGCGAGGGGGCAGCCCUGACAGAGCAGGUGACACAAAAUCCACCCCACCACCCACCCUGGAGCCCACGGGACCCCCCCCUUCCCUCACAGAUUGUGACGCCCACGAAGAGCCGCCCACCCUCAAGCCCAUGGGAGGGGGGGUUGAGGGCAGGGCUCAGAGCCGACUGCAUAAGCGCUUGAAAUCGGACAGCGAGAUCCUGACCAGCAAGCGGCUCCAGAGGGAGAGGGAGCACGGCGGUGGAGCCACAACCCAGCGACUGCUCAGCGACAGCGGCGUCAACGGGAUCCCCGGUGUAGGCAGGCGCACCUCCGUCCUCUUCAAGAAAGCCAAAAACGGGGCGAGGCUGCAGAAGGGCUACGAGAGCCCACUGCACAACGGGGACGAGCACGGACCCCCGGCCCGCAAGAGUGGCACCUCGGAGAGUGAUGGGGAGAAACCCCCGCGCAGGGCGGCAGAGGCAGGGUUAACGAACGGCUUUGGAAAGCACGCACAAAGUGGCUCAGACUCGGAGUGCAGUUCAUCAUUCACGGCUGCUGUGCCGUUUGAGAAAGACGGGAGCACUUCUCCUCCCAAACGCAGUCGUGGAAAGCCAGCACUUUCCAGGGUUCCCUUUCUAGAGAGCGUUAAUGGGGACUCUGAUUACACCUCCACAGGCAGAAAUAUCUUGAUGCCAUUUGAAAGCAAUGCAGAACUGGAGACUUUGGACCUUGUGUGGGCAAAGUGUAGGGGGUACCCUUCGUAUCCGGCGCUGAUUAUCGACCCCGAGAUGCCGCGGGAAGGUUUGCUGCACAAUGGGGUCCCGAUCCCGGUCCCCCCUUUAGAUGUGCUGAAGCUGGGGAAGCAGAUGCAGAGCGAAGCGGCGGACAGGCUUUUCCUCGUCCUUUUCUUUGACAACAAGAGGACCUGGCAGUGGCUUCCCCGUGACAAAGUCAUGCCCCUGGGAGUGGAGGACACGAUGGAUAAGCUGCGCAUGAUGGAGGGGCGGAAGACCAGCAUCCGCAAGUCCGUUCAGGUGGCGUACGACCGCGCCAUGAUGCACCUGAGCCGAGUGCGGGGCGAUCACGCCUUCAUCACCUCCAAUUACCUCUAGAAACACAAAACAAGGCUGUGUUUGUAUUAAAGGACAACCAAAACUAUUGAAGUACUGUUCCGCAAAAACGUCACAAGAGCUUUUUUUAUUUUAUUUUAUUUCUAUUCAUUUUUAUUCACGUCUUUCUAAAGAAGAAAGAGAAAAAAGCAUCACUGCCAUUUCUUGUAAUAUAAUAGCUUUUUACUUUAAUCUUUUAUGAACCUCCUCUUGUACAUGGAAAGCACAUUUCAUGGUACUCUUGUUUUUGAAAUGCAUUUUCUGAGGGCACUACGAGCUAGACGAUUAUGUAAAUACUUGUAAAAUAAUGUUAUACAUUAUUGUUGGCUGCACCAUUCAUUAAGCGUCUCUGUGGUGCUUACAGUUCCCUUUUUUUAAACCACAAAAAUGUAAUUUAUUUAAAAGAAGAAGAAACCAUGUCGUUUUGACAAUUGAAAAUACUAGAUGAGUUAUUAAAUAUAUAUAUAUAUGUAUAUAAAAAACAACGAAUAAGCAGUGGGCUUGUGUGACCUUGUGUAUAACAUUAUAAGGUUUUAAAAACAUUUUUAUUACAUUUUAUGAUUUCAUUUGUAAUGUUUUUGAGAUGUUUAUGGGACCUAAAUGUUGCUGAUAGUCCACUGUAAAGCACAGGAUGUUGUAUUUAUUGUAGAAAGUGUUUGCUUUCUAGAUCUGUUUAUAACAUGGCUAUGAGAGAAAUUCUACGCUUGUACAAAAUGCAGAUUUUACCUACUAUAUAACCUGACUGUCUGAAAGUAUAUUUUCUCUCUUGAGAAAUAAAUGUUCUAAUCUACA